AUGGCAACAGUCGAUGAGUACAAACCAGUAGUUGCAUGGCAGUUCGGUGCAAACGGUAGUCUUCAGCCAGCCAACUCAGCAGAUCUCGAAUGGACACCAUACGAAACCACUAUUAGUGAUAUAAUUGAAAAUGCAUUUCAAGAACGCCAAGAGCGUGUCGUUAUUGGUGAUUAUUACAUCGACUUUACGCAUGACCCAAUACUACAAAUAAGCAAAUAUGAUAAAAAUUGUAAGACGCCGGUCAGACGACAAAAUGGCUUGCAAGAUUCGAACUCAAUAAAACGUCUAGAACGUUUCAGUGUUGCCGAAAAGCCCAAAGUUAAAUCCAUGAAAAGUUCUAGUGUGGAUAUAUCCCCUUUUAUUGCUGAAUGGAUCCGUCGAAAUCCAAAUCACAAAUUCAAAGGAAACAUUGUGGAACUUUUAGCAACUGGCCUUGCAGAAGAAGCUAGACUAAUCGGAAAAAUUGACCAAACAAAGUACAUUCUUGAACGUAUCCAAAAAUCCAAAGGUGCUUCUCACGAUGAACUAGCAAAGUUAUGUGUGAUUAUUUAUACGGAAGACACGUGGAUUUACAAGACGGUUAACGCUGUUCUACGCGAAGAGGAUAUGACCAAAGUGGACACAUUGGGUCCAUUUUGUUAUUUAGUCCAUAUGUACUUAUGCGCACCUCAUACGAGAAAAAAGGGUGAACAGAUUGUCUAUCGAAGCAUGAAUUUGAAGCCUGAAGACAUCGAAAUAUACAAGGAAUCAGUCGGUCAAGUUAGAUGUUGGCUUGGAUUUUCGUCGACAAGUCGAAACAGAGCUCAAGCUUUCGUUGCAAACACUCUGUUCAUUAUCCGAUUUGAAGGAGAAAUCUCACAGCGAUUUCCCGGCAGAGAAAUAUCCAACCUAUCGACAUAUCCAACAGAAGAAGAGGUGUUGCUUUAUCCAGGUGCUGAUUUUCGCGUUGAAGAAGUGGAAGAGAACGUGGGGACUGGAAGACAAACCAUCGUUCGUCUAUGUCUUAUGUGA